GCCAGGCUGAAUUGUGAUAGCGACAGAUGUCUGAGGGGCACUCCUCCUCACCAGUCUCACACUGCACCUCGGAGAGCCUGCAGCUGUCACUCCCAAGGCUUUCACCUCCAUUAUCACAUUCAAGCGGAGUCUGGAGCCCAUCUGAGCACUCUCCUCAAAUACAGGUGACACAAUGGGAGGGAAACUGAGCAAGAAGAAGAAGGGUUAUGACGUGAGUGACCCCAAAGAGAAGAAGGAUGAGGCUGCAGCACCAACUACGAGUGCGGAGGAGGCUGGCAAAGUGGAGGAUGCGGCACCACAGACAGAAGCUCAAGUGACAACGGAAGAGGAAGGAUCAGCUGUUGCAGCAGUAAUGGAAGCAGAGAAAGCUCCAGAAGAGCCUAAAUCUGCACCGCCUGAAGAACAAGCACCUGUUGCAGCUCCAGCACCAGAAGACUCAGUCGCAGUCACGGAAGAAGCAGCUCCAGAAGAACUCGCCGCAGUCAAGGCAGAAACACCUCCAGUUCCAGAACAACCAGUCACAGUGAUGGAAGAAGCAUCUCCUGCCCCAGAAGAACCCGCCACAGUCAAGGAAGAACCGGUUCCAGUAUCAGGAGAACCAGUGGCAGUCAAAGAAGAGGCAUCUCCAUUUCCAGAAGAACAGCCCUUAGUUAAAGAAGAAGCUGCUCCAGUAUCAAAAGAACCAGCCACAGUCAAAGAAGAAGUUUCAGUUACAGAGGAAGCAUCUGUAGCACCAGACGAGCCACCAGUCGUUUCAGAAGAAGCAUCUUCCCUACCAGAGGAACCAGUUGCAGUUACAGAGGAAGCAUCUCCAGUUCUAGAAGAAGCAGCUGCAGUAUCAGAGGAGGCUGCCUCAGUACCAGAAGAACCUAUAGUCUGUUGCACUGCUGUACCAACUGAGGAAGACCCAGAGUCUACAGCUUCCAUGGUGGAAGAAUCUGUGGAAGAACCAGAGGUUAUUCCUGGGAGUCCAGAGGAGGCACCCGAAGAGCCAGAACCCAUUCCAGUGACUUUUACUGAGCCAGAGGUCAUUUUGGAAGAAACAGCCCCACCUGAAUCUGCUCAGCAAGUUGAACCGGUCUCUGAGCAAGUUCCAGAGCAAGAGAAAAUAAUUGAGCCUGAACCAGAGCCAGUUGCAGAGCCGAAGCCAGAACCAGUGCCAGAAAAGGAAGUUGACAUAGAGGAAUAUGUGCCUGAGGAACAAGGCCAAGAAGAUGAGCCUGGACCAACAGUUACCAUGGACGAACUUGAGACUGUGAAUGCAGAGGAGGUCCAAAAUGAAUGUCUGCCUUCAGAGAAGGAAUCAGCUACAGGAGGAGAUCCUUGCACCGAAGCUGCAGUUGAACCAGACGUAGCAGAACCUGAUGUGAUUGCAGAAGCUUCUGCGGAAGAGGUGCCUUGCUCAGAGAGUGUGGUAGAAACACAGAUGGAAAAUGGUGAUAUUGAGAGCUCUCCUCUUGCAGAGGAUGCGGUGGAAGUGGCAUCUCUCCCAGUUGUGAAUGGAGAGUGUACACACCCCGAGGGAUGUGUUAAUGGUAUCGAAAAGUCAGUGGAGUCGCCUGUCAAGAAGCCGAGUGACUUUGAACUGAAAAUGGACGUUAAUCUGAGCGUGGAUGUCCUGGAACCCCCAGAGGACGUCUCUGACAUGAUGGAGACUCUCAGCACUGAGGUCACACAGGAAGUGUGAUGAAGCUACAGUACCUUUCAAAUUAAUGUGAAUUUUGAAAAAUUCUCCAGUGAUGAGAGAGAGUCAUCAAGGUAUCACAAAAACAACAAGGCUUUCUGAAACAUUGACGCCAUUGUUGUGUCUUUCAGGGCAACUCAGGCAAUUUUGCUUUGAGCCACCAAAACGUGAUCACUUGAUGACUGAGGGAGCAAACGUAGAUAGUAAGUAAUAUGGAAGUACUGGGGACAGACCUGAGUUUGUAAUUUGAGGGGUGAGUGGACGCACACAGCUGAGUAAAAAUACCGGACAAGCAAAAAUAUGUCAUUAAUGAAUGAAAUGGUUAAUUCUGUCUUUGUGUGUGAGCCCAAUUAAUAUGACUUUCAUAUAUUCUUUCUAUUACCUUGUGCAGCGGCAUACAUGUUUUGGCCUUUUAUAACAAAUGACACAUGUGAGAUCUGUUAAUUUCAAAAUGAUUGUUUUGGAAUAAAAUAAAGAAUAAAAAGAUUGUUA